GUGACACCUACGUAACAUUGACAACAAACCAUGAUCACCGCUCGCGUGAUCUGCUGGUUCGUGUUAACGUGGCACCUACUCGGGAUGCACUUGUGUGACGAACUGUGUGUUGGCGGCGUUAGGUUUGAUGGUUGUUCCAUCCCUAUCGUUAAUAUGACCACGGACGGAGGAGCCAAAGUACGGAAGGCAUUUGAAGUAGCAAAGGAAGUGACCAUCGGGAAGAUGAUCGUGUCCAUCAGUCCUUCGGGUCCGUUUCUGCAAAGGUUCGCUAGCUUUGUAGACUUAGUGAUAUAUCAUAUCUACCGUGAAGCUACCUUCUAUGUACCGGACGGUAACACCAUCGGUGGAAUUACCAUUUGGAAUGCUCCAGACAUGCGAGCUUUUAUAGCUGGAUCAAACACCUAUCUUGAGUCCUUGGACAUUUCACAAUGUUCAUUGGAUCGAUUACCUCAAACUCUUCCUUUGAUGACCCGAUUGCAAAGGGUUUCCUUAACAUGGUGCAAGUUAACGGUACUCCGACUGGAUAAUUUGACAGCGAAUCAGAAUCUGAAAAUCCUGAUCCUGUCCUACAAUCAAAUAGAACUAUUGAUUCCAGUCUCCCGGCAAUCCGCGAGGAUGCUUAGUAUUGAAACACUGUUUCUUGCAGGUAAUCUACUGGAGCGUCUUGAUAUGGCUUUAUUCGUAGCCAUGCCGCUACUAUCAGAGCUUUACAUUACCGGUAAUCGUAUUGUUACCUUGGAUGUGUCAGCACCCAUCGUUCUGCCAAAUUUUUCCAGCUUGUACCUCGGAUACAACAAGAUCGUAUCACUCGACCUAAGAAACUUGACCCUUCCUAAACUCGAAACAUUCUCGUUUGGCCCCAACGCUCUCACACGGAUGCCGAUCCUGCCAAGACUAAUGCCAAAAUUUAACUACCUAUCACUCUCCGCAAACAAUCUGACCCAGCUAGACAUGAGUUAUUUCCGACCGUAUCCGAACCUGCAAAAAAUCUAUAUAACUUCGAAUCAAAUCACCACUGUGCGAGCUUCCUCUCCUGUGCGAUUACCGCUCGUUCAUCUCGUAUUAAGUAAUAACAAAAUCACCACGUUCAACAUCACCGGAUGGGACAUGCUUAACAUAACAAUGGUGCUCCUUGAUGGUAAUCAGCUUUCGGUGGUUCCUCCUGUUUUUGACCGCUAUCCAAAAGUUAAUCUAAUUAUGGAUCGUAACCCACUCUCAUGCGACGCACUGGUGCCGUUUAAGGAUCGGCUAAAGAAUGAGCAACUCCAGAAAGAACAGAAGUAUUCGUAUUCAAAAUGUACUACGACAUCAUCGAUACAGGUGGAUGAAACAAAAAAGAUUUGCUGUGACAAGUGAAGUUUAAUGAGCAUACUACCCUGCUAGUGAUCAGCACAUCAACAAGCAUUAAGCACUAGCAGCAAGAAAAGAGCAAGAAGCAAUAAAUGUUAUAUAAUACGAAAAUUAGACGCAAAUUUGGUGACAAUAGGAGACAGUUUAAU